AGAGUGCAGUCCGCUUUACAGAGUAGCAGCAGCAGCAGCAGUAGCAGGAGAGCGCUGCGCGCGCCAGACUCUCUGUUUCUCUCUCGGUCUCUUCAUACAGUGGAUGAGCUCGCGCAGGGACAGGAGCGCGCGCCACUCUGUGAGCAGCUGAAGCUCUCUCCGUGUCUCUCUGUGGGAUUUUGAAGUAUCUGCUGGAGGCUGAUAUAGAGCUGGACAGUGGGAUUUAUACACAGCGCGCGCGGGUUUGGUCUCGAGGCGCACAUGGGGAUGUUGCUGAAGUUGGUGUUGUUGGGCACUUGCUGGCUCGCGGUGGGAGCAGAGUUUGAUGGAAGGUGGCCCAGGCAGAUGGCCUCGUCCAAUGGCCUGUGCCGUUACGGCGCCCGCAUCGACUGCUGCUGGGGCUGGACGCGGCGCUCCUGGGGACACUGCCAGCCGCUGUACGUCUUAACCCACAGGGCGUUCGGGAUAAAGUGCCAGGCCCAAGCGUUGUGUCAGCACGGAUGCAAGCAUGGAGACUGCGUCGGCCCCAACAAAUGCAAGUGUCACCCCGGCUAUACCGGAAAAACCUGCAACCAGGAAGAGCAGGACUAUGUAAACCCCCUCAUGCCUCUGUGGGACAGUUACCCCCCUGUCUUUGUUCCCACCAUGGACCAGCAGCCUGUGGGGGUUCCUCCGGAGGAUCUGAACGAGUGUGGCCUGAAGCCUCGACCGUGCAAACACAGGUGCAUGAACACGUACGGCAGCUACAAGUGUUACUGCCUGAACGGAUACAUGCUCCUGCCUGAUGGGAGCUGCGGAAAUGCACGAACAUGCAGCAUGGCCAACUGCCAGUACGGCUGUGAAGUGAUGAAAGGAGAAGUUCGGUGCCAGUGUCCAUCGCCUGGGCUGCAGUUGGCCCCGGAUGGCAGGACCUGCGUAGAUGUGGACGAGUGCGCUGCAGGCCUCGCCGUUUGCCCCCGCUUCCGCAAGUGCAUCAACACCUUCGGCAGCUACAUCUGCAAGUGCCACGACGGCUUCGAUCUGCAGUACAUCAACGGGAAAUACCAGUGCAUCGAUGUAGACGAGUGCUCUACUGGUCAGCACCCAUGUGGCCCGUACUCUUCCUGCUACAACACUCCAGGAUCCUUUAAGUGCAAAUGCAAGGAUGGCUUCCGUGGUGGUUUUGGAAAUGACUGCAAACCCAUCCCCAAAGUGAUUAUAGAACCCCCCAGACCUGGAAAGACCACGCCCAGCCACAACAACAGGAUUCCAGACACUGACCAGAGGAGAACCACCACUACUGUCCGACCACCAGUCACUGCCAAGAGGAUUUCCCCAACUACACCAUCUACCACCACAACUACCACCACCACCACCACUAAACCACCUCCUCCUCCAAAAACAACUCCUAAGAAACCCAUCAUCCCAACCCGCAAGCCCCCUGUGCCCACUCGCAGACCUCCAGUCAUCACCCCAAAGCCAUACGUCCCACCUCGCCGCCCUCCCACCACCAAAGCUCCAGUUCCCACACCAAGGGUCCCUCUGAUCCCAACCCGCAGGCCUCCUGCCCCACCAGUGACCCCACUGGACAACAACAUUGGAAAGGACAACGGGAAGAAUCGAGGAGACGUCCACAUACCAAAAAAUCACGGCCAGAACAACAUCCCUGACAUUGAUUUUGAUAUUGAACUGGGAAACACAGAGGAAGAGGUGCGAGAUGACCCAGAGGCUGGAUAUCUGAGCUGCUCAUUUGAUCAUGGUCUUUGUGACUGGAUCCAGGUCAGAGAAGGAGAUGUGCACUGGGAGACAGUACCAGACCCUUCAGGUGGAAAGUAUCUGACCAUCUCUGAGGUGCAGGGUAAGCGGAACGGGCGCGGAGCUCAGCUGGUCCUCCCCCUGACCACGCCCUGGAACGAGGGCAACCUGUGCCUGGCAUUCCGACACAAGAUGGCCGGGCACCAUGUGGGCAUGCUGCAGGUGUUUGUGCAGAAGGCCCGGCAGCACAGCCCGGCAGUGUGGGGUCGAACAGGAGGGAGCGGCUGGAGGUCCACACAGAUCACACUGUGGGGCAACGGGCUGGAAAGUGUGAUCGUGAAGGGUGAGCGGCGGAGAGGCCGGAUCGGGGAGAUGGCGCUGGACGACAUCAGCCUGAGGAGAGGUGCCUGUCAGGAAGAGCACAACCUGAGGAGGCUCUAACAGCAGCACACACACACUCUCACACACACGGACUCCUCACCCGAACGCUGCAGCAGCCCACAGGGAGGGACAUGCUUUCCCCGGCAGAUCCCUGGAGGUUCUGGGUGCGUUUCCUCCAGCCACCUGUCCGGCUGCCAGUGCAUGCUCCAGUAGCCAAGUGCUCAAUGCCUACAACACACAGAUCAAAUUGUGAAUAUGGCAAAACUAAAUUGGAAAAGAGAAACAAUGUGCCAAUUUUUGUAAAUGUUUUUUCCAGUUGAAUUCAGCCCCUGAUGCGUAUAGUGGAAUGGAACGAGCUGUGCCGUGGUCACAUACAUGCUCCUAAGACUGCCUUUUUUUUAAAAGCCUUAAACUAGCCAACGAGAGCAUUGUGUGCUAGUCGACAGACAACAGUUUCCAUUGUACUAUUGUAAAUGUAUCCGUGUGUAUAUAGCUAUAUAUAGUAUAUAUAUUUCAAAACCCCAUGUAUGCUUUGCUGGUGCAUAAUUACAGUAUGUGAAUUCUUCAUGUAAGUGAUGCAGGGCGAUGUUUACACGACCCGACUUUGAGUGUUUUCUUGACAUUAUGUAUAUUGUAAAUUACAAACCAGUAAAAUUGUUUUGCAUUACAGUUUCUAAGUGGCUGUAUCAGCCAUCCUAUAUUGGCAUUGGUACUCAUACUUACCCUUUAAAUUCUUUACACUAGGCUGUUCGGACCUUUUUGACAUGGAACUCUGUGGUCCUCACUUCUUCUUUUCAUAGACAGAUGAUGUCAGUAUUCAAAGAUUUCUGCCAAUAAAAGUCAUGGACUCUAGAUGUACACCUUGUAUAAA